UAGCCAAUAGCAUGAUGUGGACUAGAGUUUAAAGGCAGUGUGACAGUGUUUGGAGGUCAGUUGAUGUCCUGUGCAGGUCAUGAUGGAUCGAGCAGCUCUCCGGCUGAUUCUCCUGGCCGUCUUUCUCAUCUCAGCUACUUCUGAUCCAGUUAAGAAGAAACAAGAUGUGGAUAUAUACAGCUUCUACAUUAACUCCACAGUCACCAGUCGCUAUUCCACAACAGUCAUCACAAGCCGUGUUGCGAACACACUGAAUGAAUCUCAAGAGAUCCAGUUUGAGGUCAAGAUUCCCAAGAACGCCUUCAUCAGCAAAUUCAGAAUGACCAUAGAGGGAAAAACAUAUGAUGGGGUUGUGAAGGGAAAAGAAGAAGCUCAGCAGCAAUACAAUCAAGCAGUAUCUCAAGGACAAAGUGCUGGACUGGUCAGAUCUGUUGGAAGGACUUUAGAGGACUUUAAAACUUCAGUGACGGUGGCUGCUUUUAGUAAAGUGACCUUUGAGUUGACCUACGAGGAACUGUUAAAGCGCCGCCUCGGCAAAUAUGAGCUACUCAUCAACGCACAACCAAUGCAGCCGGUGGCUGACUUCAAGAUGGAUGUGCACAUCCAAGAGAAACCAGGAAUUUCCUUCUUGGAGGUGAAAGGAGAUUUGAGCACCGGUGAUCUGGCCAAUGCCAUCAAAACCACCAGAGCAGACAAAGACGCAUGGGUGACCUUCUACCCCACACGAGAUCAACAGACCAAGUGUAAAAGCUGUGGAGAAAAUGGGUUGAACGGAGACCUGCUUAUAACAUACGAUGUUGAGAGACGAAGUCCCAAAGGAGAAGUCGUGGUGUCAAAUGGCUAUUUUGUCCAUUACUUUGCUCCCUCUGAUGUUCCACGUAUUUCCAAAAAUGUGGUGUUUAUCAUUGACCGCAGUGGCUCUAUGUCUGGCAGAAAAAUAGACCAGACUCGUUUGGCACUGCUGAGGAUUUUGACUGAUCUUGAUGAGGACGAUCACUUUGGAUUGAUCACAUUUGACAGUGAGGUUAGCUUAUGGAAGCGUGAACUCCUCAAAGCUACUGAGACAAACCUGGAGAAUGCGAAAUCUUUUGUGAAGGAGAUCAGAGAUAGAGGAACCACAGACAUAAACGCUGCAGUUCUAGCAGGAGUGGACAUGAUCAGUCGACAUCCACGAGAGGGAACAGCCUCCAUCCUGAUCCUGCUGACUGAUGGAGACCCCACUUCAGGUGAAACCAACGUAGAGAAGAUAAUGGCCAAUGUUAAAGAAGCCAUUGGGACAAAAUUUCCCCUGUAUUGUCUUGGUUUUGGAUAUGAUGUCAAUUUUGACUUCUUGACAAAGAUGUCACUGGAAAAUGGUGGAGUUGCUCGCAGGAUUUAUGAAGAUUCGGACGCUGAUCUACAGCUGCAGGGCUUCUAUGAUGAAGUUGCCGUCCCUCUCCUCACUGAUAUUCAACUUAAAUACCCAGGAGGGACAAACCUUACCAAGACCACCUUUAGCUUGUACUUUAAUGGCUCUGAGAUUGUGGUGUCAGGACAAAUCACAGACAACAGUGUGGAGAGUUUCACCACUGAAGUCAUCGCAGUAUCAAAAGGCAGUAAUGUGACGUAUCAGGACACUAUAAUGAAAAAAGACCCCAGUGAUGUCCCUCCUGAGGAUGAAGAUUUCAUGCAGAGAUUGUGGGCCUACCUUACAGUGAAGCAGCUUCUGGAGAGACAGGUACUUCUUAAAGGACAAGAGAAAGAGGAUGAAAAGAAGGAAGCUCUUAAACUCUCCCUGAAAUACCAGUUUGUCACUCCCCUCACCUCGAUGGUUGUUACCAAGCCACAGGAAGGUGAAGUGGAAGUUGCCGACAAACCCAAAGAAGGAGAAGCGCCGGCCAGACGAGCAAUGUACCCUCAACUUUCAACUCAGAGUCGCUAUACAGCAUUAGCCUAUGGAGGUGGUGGUGGUGUUGAUGGUGGUACUUCUCAGAAGCGUUAUUUUUCAGCACCCCGUGAAAUUCGUAAUAAACAGAUCUUUGAUUCAUGCUGCUUACAACAUAAAUAUAACUCAUUGUUUUCAGGUGGACGAUAUCGCCCGACUAUUAAACAUUUUCCAUCUCCACCAGUUCAUGACAAUGUAUUCCUGCUGGAUAUUGUUGGUCAGUCUAAGCCACUUUGUUUUGAGGUUCCUGUUCCUCACAAACUCAAACUCCUCCAGGAUUCAGCUUCAGAGUUCUCUAUGAAUGGAGAAUCCAUGCCUGGACAAAGUGGGUUCCGAAUCAUUGCCUUUCAUUACAAAACAAAGCAUCAUCUGAAAAUAAACACAACGUCUAUCACAUACCACGACGGCCAGAAUCACAUUGAGUUUUUGUGGGGCCAGGGACCGACCCAACACACUUCAGAGGAUGUGUCUCUGAUUUUACGGAGCAAUGAAAUAGUCGUCACCAUGGGAAAUAUCCGUGUCAUUAUUCUGCUUCACAAGGAAAAAGGGACUAUGUUUCUGUGGCCUGAUGUUCAGCAACAGCCAAAAGAUGUCAAGUUUACAGGCAUUUUAGGAAAAACAGAUGCUUCAUAUGAGGAGAUUCAAGGAUCACAAACACCAACUCUAAAGAUAUAUGACCAGGAAGUGAGCGCAAGCUGGGUGGAUGCCACAAACUACAGACUUUCUUCAAAGCCAGAUAUCAAAUGCUGGCUUGUCUCGUUCUACGCUGCGAUGCAGAGAGAUGUUUCUGAUUUUACUGUCACUCAGCUGUAGAGUUCAAAGCUGGCAAAUGAGGCAUGUUUCUAUAUAAAUGAAUUCAUUAACAUAAAAACAAUGUGUCAGAA